AUGGAAUCAAGAAAAGUUGCUUGCUCCUCUCAUCAAAACCAACCUUGUGUUUUCAUUACUGGAAUUUCAGGAAAACUUGGCGAAGUUUUAUGUAAGAGACUUUGUGACCAAGGAUUUAAGUGUAAAGGUUUAGUUAGAGAUGAAGAUGCCAAGAAGGAAGUUCAAGGAUUGGGUUGUACUGAUGUUUUCGUUGGAGAUUUGACAAAACUUCAAACAGAUGACUUUGUUAAAUAUUUGGAAGGAUGUGAUUUUGUGAUUGAUGCAGCUGGAUCAACUUCUGGAAAGGAUAUUGAAAAGAUUGAAUUUACUUCUGGUAAAUUCCUAGCCCAAGCAGCCAUGAAGAGUAAUGUCAAGAAGUACAUUUCCAUGUCAGCUGUUGGUUGUGAUCAUUUCUCAUCUGGAGAAAGAAAGGAUGCUCUUGUAUGUGAUAAAUGUGAUCUAAAACUAAUUGUUGGUGAUCUAAAACUGACAGAUCAACUUUAUGUUGAUUAG